UUUUUUUGAUGCCCCUGACAACCCUGUUUUGCAUUGAACGAAAACAAAUUUUGCCAAAAACCAUAAACAAAACCCGUGAGUGAAAAAAAUGGAGCUACUUUAGGGGAUCCUCACUUACACGGAAUCGGACUACAUCAUGCCCCUCUGCGUGCUCUGCCUGGUUUCCUCCGAUGGCGGCUACCCGCUUCUAUCCGCCGAGGGCGUCCGGCUAAACAUUAAGGGGACCAUCAACAAACACUUUUCGUUUUUCGAGGUGAUCACUGCCGGCGGUGAUGGGGCGGUCUGUCGGGAGUGCUGGCAGUGCGUCAGCAUCUUCGAUGAGUUCCACCAGCGGGUCUCCAGGCUGCACCAACAGCCAGGCGCCGGAUGCGACUCCAAAAGCGUGGCCAUCGAGUUCUGCGCCGAGACGGAAGAGGCCAUCAAUCCUCUGUUUGCCGUCGAACUAGAUGCCCUGGCCGAGGGCUUCUUCGCCCCCAAUGAAGUGAAGGUGGAGGUCAACGAGCUGGAACCUCUGCCCAAAAUGGAGCUCCUCGAGGAUCCAGUCAAUACGGAAAGGAAACCCGCCGCCACCAAGCGACUGGGUUCCCAAGGCGAAGGUCUGUCGCAGCCCAAGCGUCGCAUUAAAAACGAAAAAAUGGUAGACAGUGAUUCGGAUGUGCCUCUGGCAAAGUUCAUCAGCGCAGAGAUUAAGGCCGGCGCCAAUGGACCAGCAAAGAACAACGAACAGGGCAAGGGACAACCGCUGCGAAGGAGCACUAGACGUGGUCGGCCACCAAAGGUCAAACCAGAGGAUCUUGCGUCUCCCAAAAAGGAACUUGAGUCGGAUGAUGAUGACCACGGGGCUAAUGACAACGACAGGGAAUUCGUGGCCGCAGAAGCCGUCUUGGGUACUGACGACAGCUCGAGUUCCUCAAGCGAAAGCAGUGACGAUGACUCGGACGACAGCUUGCCGGACUUUGAGCCGGUGGAGCGGUACGCCGAGAUUCCCAAGCGCGUUGUUGUGAAGCCCAAAAAGUACCGGAAACGCGAGAAACCAUUGAUCCCACCCAACCGCAUGAGUCGCGAGGAGAUCGAGCAACGAAAGCAGCGGCAGGACGAGUACGAUGAUAUUAUCCUGCAGUUCUUCAAGAAGUUCCCCUGCCACAUCUGUAACCUCCUCGUUCAGAACUUUUCGGACAUGCGACGGCAUCAGCGGGUUUCCCACGACAUGGAAUCGGGUUACAUGCAGUGCUGCGGGAGAAAGUUCCACACACGCAAGAGUCUGGCGGAGCAUGUGUUGGUCCAUAAGAAUCCGGAACACUUUAUGUGCUCGCAAUGCAGCCGGGUCUUCCAGGAUUCCCGUGCCCUGGAGGUCCACGAGCAGACGCACGUGAACCCGGACGUGAAGCCAGAGCCCAAGGAGAAGCGGAUGUGGCCGUGUGAGAAGUGCUCCAAGAGUUUUACCAGCAAGGCGGCCCUAGAGUAUCACUUUAUGUCCAAGCACGUACCCAAGUCCGAGUUCAAAUACAGCUGUACAGAGUGUAACAAGAAGAUUCCCACGGAGCGCAAGCUGAGGGAGCACAUGCGCUACAUGCACGAUCCGGAAACGGCCAUCAUUUGCGACAAAUGCGGCAAGACGUUGCGUUCCCAAACGAAUCUCAAGAAGCACCACGAACUGGAACAUUCCGAGGAGCCACGUCCGAAGCCCGAUCCCGUUCAGUGCGAGAUCUGCGGCACCUGGCUGCGUCACCUGUCCGGGCUGAAGCAGCACAUGAACACUGUGCACGAGCCACAGGGCAAAGAGCACCGCUGUCCCAUAUGCAACAAGCAGUCCACCAACUCCAGAGCCCUCAAGCGUCACAUAUACCACAACCAUCAGUGUGAGCGCAAGUUCAAGUGCGGUAUGUGCGAGAAGGCCUUCAAGCGGCCGCAGGAUCUAAGAGAACACACGUCCACGCACACCGGCGAGGUGCUCUACACCUGCCCCAACUGUCCCAUGACAUUCUUUUCCAACGCCAACAUGUACAAGCAUCGCCAGCGGCUCCAUCGUGCCGAAUGGGAGGCGGACCGGAAGAAGCCGCUGCCGCCGAACAUCAUGAAGAUAUCGCAGGGCGCCACUACGGCGAUGAAGAAGCGACAGUCCAGCAGCACCCUGUUCCCACAGUUGGAACAGAAGCAAUAGCAUUUGCACAUUUACGACAUCUAUAGAUAGUAGAUAAAUCGUCAACCAUUAUUAUUAACUCGCACUUAACACAGAUAAGUUAAGCCAUAAAUAAGUAGACGCGGA